UCCGACCACAGGCUGUUUUGUGCAGGCUGUCCCUCUCCUUCAAAACCGUGCAUCCCCUCCCCGAAGCAGCAGGCAGUGUGCCUCCAUUCAGCCACAUUUGGUAUGCAUGAGCACGGCUGCAGGGAGAGGGGAGGUGGCUUUCUUAAGAAGGUUCAGGGGCUCAGGCAAUGCCACUUGACUAGUCUCCCAAGUUCCAGGAAGCCUCUGCCCUAAUGGAAUUUGCAGGUGUGGAGAUGACCAUGGGAUGCCAGAGCCGUGGGGGAUCGUUUAUUUUCUAGGCAUUGCUCAGGUCUGCAGUUUCUUGUUUUCCCGGUGGAAUUUGGAAGGGGUCAUGAAUCAAACUGAUGCUCCUCGACCCCUCAACUGGACCAUCCGGAAGCUGUGCCACGCAGCCUUUCUGCCAUCUGUCAGACUUCUCAAGGCUCAGAAAUCCUGGAUAGAAAGAGCAUUUUAUAAAAGAGAAUGUGUUCACAUCAUACCCAGCACCAAAGACCCCCAUAGGUGCUGCUGUGGGCGUCUGAUAGGCCAGCAUGUUGGCCUCACUCCCAGUAUCUCUGUGCUUCAGAAUGAGAAAAAUGAAAGUCGCCUCUCCCGAAAUGACAUCCAGUCUGAGAAGUGGUCCAUCAGCAAACAUACUCAGCUCAGCCCAACAGAUGCUUUUGGGACCAUUGAGUUCCAAGGAGGCGGCCAUUCCAACAAAGCCAUGUAUGUGCGUGUAUCUUUUGAUACAAAACCUGAUCUCCUCCUACACCUGAUGACCAAGGAAUGGCAGUUGGAACUUCCCAAGCUUCUCAUCUCUGUCCACGGGGGCCUGCAGAACUUUGAACUCCAGCCAAAACUCAAACAAGUCUUUGGGAAAGGGCUCAUCAAAGCAGCCAUGACAACAGGAGCAUGGAUAUUCACUGGAGGGGUUAACACAGGUGUUAUUCGUCAUGUCGGAGACGCUUUGAAGGACCACGCAUCUAAGUCUAGGGGGAAGAUAUGCACCAUAGGUAUUGCCCCCUGGGGAAUUGUGGAAAACCAGGAGGACCUGAUUGGAAGAGAUGUGGUCCGGCCGUACCAGACCAUGUCCAAUCCCAUGAGCAAGCUCACGGUUCUCAACAGCAUGCAUUCCCAUUUCAUUUUGGCUGACAACGGGACCACUGGAAAAUAUGGAGCAGAGGUGAAACUCCGGAGACAACUGGAAAAGCAUAUCUCACUCCAGAAAAUAAACACAAGAAUCGGUCAAGGCGUUCCAGUGGUGGCACUCAUUGUGGAAGGAGGACCCAAUGUGAUCUCAAUUGUUUUGGAGUACCUUCGAGACACCCCUCCUGUGCCGGUUGUUGUCUGUGAUGGGAGUGGACGGGCGUCUGACAUCCUGGCAUUUGGGCAUAAAUAUUCAGAAGAAGGCGGACUUAUCAAUGAAUCUUUGAGGGACCAGCUAUUGGUGACAAUCCAGAAGACUUUCACAUACACCCGAACCCAAGCUCAGCAUCUCUUCAUCAUUCUCAUGGAGUGCAUGAAGAAGAAAGAGUUGAUUACCGUAUUUCGGAUGGGAUCAGAAGGACACCAGGACAUUGAUUUAGCUAUCCUGACAGCUUUACUCAAAGGAGCCAAUGCCUCGGCCCCAGACCAACUGAGCUUAGCUUUAGCCUGGAACAGAGUCGACAUCGCUCGCAGCCAGAUCUUUAUUUAUGGGCAACAGUGGCCGGUGGGGUCUCUGGAGCAAGCCAUGUUGGAUGCCUUAGUUCUGGACAGAGUGGAUUUUGUGAAAUUACUCAUAGAGAAUGGAGUAAGCAUGCACCGUUUUCUCACCAUCUCCAGACUAGAGGAAUUGUACAAUACGAGACACGGGCCCUCAAACACAUUGUACCACUUGGUCAGGGACGUCAAAAAGGGGAACCUGCCCCCGGACUACAGAAUUAGCCUGAUUGACAUCGGCCUGGUGAUCGAGUACCUGAUGGGCGGGGCUUAUCGCUGCAACUACACGCGCAAGCGCUUCCGGACCCUCUACCACAACCUGUUCGGCCCCAAAAGGCCCAAAGCUUUGAAACUGCUGGGAAUGGAGGACGAUAUUCCCUUGAGGCGAGGAAGAAAGACAACUAAGAAGCGUGAAGAAGAGGUGGACAUCGACCUGGAUGACCCCGAGAUCAAUCACUUCCCCUUCCCUUUCCAUGAGCUGAUGGUCUGGGCUGUCCUCAUGAAGCGGCAGAAGAUGGCCCUCUUCUUCUGGCAACACGGGGAGGAGGCCAUGGCCAAGGCCCUGGUGGCCUGUAAGCUCUGCAAAGCCAUGGCUCACGAGGCCUCUGAGAAUGACAUGGUGGACGACGUUUCCCAGGAGCUGAAUCACAACUCCAGGGACUUUGGCCAGCUGGCGGUGGAGCUCUUGGACCAGUCCUAUAAACAGGACGAGCAGCUGGCCAUGAAACUGCUGACUUACGAGUUGAAGAACUGGAGCAACGCCACGUGCCUGCAGCUCGCGGUGGCGGCCAAGCACCGCGACUUCAUCGCGCACACGUGCAGCCAGAUGCUGCUCACUGACAUGUGGAUGGGCCGGCUGCGCAUGCGCAAGAACUCAGGCCUCAAGGUAAUUCUGGGAAUUCUACUUCCUCCUUCAAUUCUCAGCUUGGAGUUCAAGAACAAAGACGACAUGCCCUAUAUGACUCAGGCCCAGGAAAUCCAUCUCCAAGAGAAGGAACCAGAAGAACCAGAGAAGCCCACAAAAGAAAAAGAGGAAGAGGACAUGGAACUGACGGCAAUGCUGGGACGAAACAACGGGGAGUCAUCCAGGAAGAAGGAUGAAGAGGAAGUUCAGAGCAGGCACCGGUUAAUCCCCCUGGGCAGAAAAAUCUACGAAUUCUACAACGCACCCAUCGUGAAGUUCUGGUUCUACACGCUGGCCUACAUCGGAUACCUCAUGCUCUUCAACUACAUCGUGCUGGUGAAGAUGGAGCGAUGGCCCUCCACCCAGGAAUGGAUCGUCAUCUCCUAUAUUUUCACACUGGGAAUAGAAAAGAUGAGAGAGAUUCUGAUGUCGGAGCCGGGAAAACUGCUACAGAAAGUGAAGGUGUGGCUGCAGGAGUACUGGAACGUCACAGACCUCAUUGCCAUCCUCCUGUUCUCCGUGGGGAUGAUCCUCCGGCUCCAAGACCAGCCCUUCAGGAGCGACGGCAGGGUCAUCUACUGCGUGAACAUCAUUUAUUGGUACAUCCGUCUGCUAGACAUCUUUGGCGUGAACAAGUAUCUGGGCCCAUAUGUAAUGAUGAUCGGAAAAAUGAUGAUAGACAUGAUGUACUUUGUCAUCAUCAUGCUGGUGGUGCUGAUGAGCUUCGGGGUCGCCAGGCAAGCCAUCCUUUUUCCCAACGAGGAGCCAUCAUGGAAACUGGCCAAGAACAUCUUCUAUAUGCCGUAUUGGAUGAUUUAUGGGGAGGUGUUUGCAGACCAGAUAGACCCUCCCUGUGGACAGAAUGAGACCCGAGAGGAUGGUAAAAUAAUCCAGCUGCCCCCUUGCAAGACGGGCGCGUGGAUUGUGCCGGCCAUCAUGGCCUGCUACCUCCUGGUGGCAAACAUCCUGCUGGUCAACCUCCUCAUUGCCGUCUUCAACAAUACAUUUUUCGAGGUAAAAUCGAUAUCCAACCAAGUAUGGAAGUUUCAGAGGUAUCAGCUCAUCAUGACUUUCCAUGAAAGGCCCGUUCUGCCCCCACCGCUCAUCAUCUUCAGCCACAUGACCAUGAUCUUCCAGCACCUGUGUUGCCGAUGGAGGAAACACGAGAGUGAUCCUGAUGAAAGGGACUAUGGCCUGAAACUCUUCAUAACUGAUGAUGAACUUAAGAAAGUACACGAUUUUGAAGAGCAGUGCAUAGAAGAAUAUUUUAGAGAAAAGGAUGAUCGAUUCAACUCAUCCAAUGAUGAGAGGAUACGGGUGACCUCAGAAAGGGUGGAGAACAUGUCCAUGAGGCUGGAGGAAGUCAAUGAGAGAGAGCACUCCAUGAAGGCUUCGCUCCAGACCGUGGACAUCCGGCUGGCACAGCUUGAGGACCUCAUUGGGCGCAUGGCCACGGCCCUGGAGCGCCUGACAGGUCUGGAGCGGGCCGAGUCCAACAAAAUCCGCUCGAGGACCUCGUCAGACUGCACAGAUGCAGCCUACAUCGUCCGCCAGAGCAGCUUCAACAGCCAAGAGGGGAACACCUUCAAGCUCCAAGAAAGUAUAGACCCUGCAGGUGAGGAGACCAUGUCCCCAACUUCUCCAACCUUAAUGCCCCGUAUGCGAAGCCAUUCUUUCUAUUCUGUCAAUGUGAAGGACAAAGGUGGGAUAGAAAAGUUGGAAAGUAUUUUUAAAGAAAGGUCCCUGAGCCUACACCGGGCUACUAGUUCCCACUCUGUAGCAAAAGAACCCAAAACUCCUGCAGCCCCUGCAAACACCUUGGCCAUUGUUCCGGAUUCCAGAAGACCAUCGUCAUGUAUAGACAUCUAUGUCUCUGCCAUGGAUGAGCUCCACUGUGAUAUAGACCCUCUGGACAACUCCAUGAACAUCCUUGGGCUAGGCGAACCAAGCUUUUCAGCUGCAGUACCUUCCUCAGCCCCUUCAAGUAGUGCUUACGCAACUCUUGCACCCACUGACAGACCUCCAAGCAGGAGCAUUGAUUUUGAGGACGUCACCACUAUGGACACUAGAUCUUUUUCUUCAGACUAUACCCACCUCCCAGAAGGCCAAAACCCUUGGGACUCAGACCCUCCAACAUACCACACCAUUGAGCGUUCCAAAAGCAGCCGCUACCUAGCCACCACGCCCUUUCUUCUAGAAGAAGCCCCCAUUGUGAAAUCGCAUAGCUUUAUGUUUUCUCCUUCCAGGAGCUAUUAUGCCAGCUUUGGGGUGCCUAUGAAAACCGCAGAAUACACAAGUAUUACAGACUGUAUUGACACAAGGUGUGUGAAUGCCCCUCAAGCAAUUGCAGAUAGAGCCAGUUUCUCUGGAGGUCUUGGAAAUAAAGCUGAGGACUUAUCUUGCUGCCAUCCUGAGCGAGAAGCAGAGCUGAGUCACCCCAGCUCUGACAGUGAGGAGAAUGAGGCCAGAGGCCGGAGAGCCACCAUCACAAUAUCCUCCCAGGAGGGCGAUAACUCAGACAGAACCCUGUCCAACAACAUCACAGUUCCCAAAAUAGAGCGUGCCAACAGCUACUCCGCAGAGGAGCCCAGCGCAGCAUCUGCACACACCAGGAAGAGCUUCUCCAUCAGUGACAAACUCGACAGGCAGCAGCGUAACACGGCAAGCCUGCGGAAUCCCUUCCAGAGGAGUAAGCCCUCCAAGCCAGAGGGCCGUGGGGACAGCCUGUCCAUGAGGAGACUGUCCAGAAUGUCAGCUUUCCAAAGCUUUGAAAGCAAGAACAACUAAACCUUCUACAUAUGUGUUGCAGGAGGCUCAAGAAUCCAGCCCUGAAACCCUCCCCCCACCCCACCUUUUCUCCCCUUUCCUUUAAUCAUAUCUACUUUAUUCCUAGCUGAGCAAAACAAGCAAUGCUUUGGGAGGUAUUAACUCAAAGGUGACUUCUGGGCUACAGAUCAAGAAAGCAUUUGAUCUGACCCAGUGACAAAAACAGGGGAUUUAAGGCAUGUUCACACUUGCUGGGUAGGGAGGGGGAAAGAAGGGGAGAAGAAGGGUUAGAGCUGAAUGAGUGUCACCAGUCCAUGCAGGAAGGCAUGAGAGCUGGGGAACCAAGGGGCUUCAAGGACUCUCCAUGCCAGGAGGCGUCUUGAUUUCUGACCGUUAUCCAGAGUCUUAGGAUGCAGGGCUGAAUUGCAAAAUGAAAUAAAAUGGCCAGCAUACAAAAUGAGAUAUUCUAAACUUCCAUUCUGUUUUCUUUUCACAUUGGCUCCAUCACUGGUGACUGAUGAAGAGCAUCCUUUUUAUUCAGUAUAAGGCGGCAGCAAGCAAUUCUACCUAACGUCCCACAUCCUUCUCAUGCCAACACUUCUGUAAUUGAUCAUUAUAAAGAAAAAACAAGGUAACAGUCAUAGUUCACCUGUCUCUUAUCUAUUCACUUCUGGUGCCACAACUGUUUAUCUUUUUUGAAGAAAAUAAUAAGGGAACAGAAAUGCCUUUUUUUGUAUUGCAAUCGGAAUGAAAGAAGAGUUGAUGUUGAAAACAAAAGUCGAGCGAUUUAUUAUAAUACAGAGCAAGAGUUGAGCAAGCUCAGGAUGAAUGUAAUUAAAUAAUUUUAUAUUUUUUAAUUUAUUUUAUAUCUCACCUAUCAUCAAUGGAUUCACUCCCUGUAUAUGUAAUGUUGAGCUUAA